AUGCUCCUCUACCCACGUAAUAAGGACCUCAUCACUUACUCUCAGUGGCCUUAUCCCAACGACAACACCAUCCUACAAGACCACCAGCUUCCUCCUAAUAACCUCUACGACCAUCAACAACAACUACAGUCUCCCUUCCACUCGCCUCGACUACAAUUCGUACCUUCCUCGUCUGCCUGUCCGUCUCCUACCUUCUCCUCGUCCUCGCCGGCCUUCUCGUCGGCUCACUCUCCAGCCACGAACUUCUCUGGAGACUUCCCCGUCUUUGACGGCACCUGGUCCGAAGCACCGUCCAUGAGUGCCGUCUCAUCCUACAAUCCAGCGUUUCAUAUCCCGGCAGCAGUACCGUCGCCGUAUCCCAACGCUCAAUACCCAUACUCUUCUCAGUUCAUGGCACAGUCUCCCAUGUUGGCGCAGUCUGGUAUCUCACCCAACGCCCACGGUAGCUGGGACACAGAGGCCAACGUUCAGCUGCUCAGCCCAGCCCACGCGCAGAAAGGUCUUGCGGGCUUCCACGGCGCCCACAAGCGAGCAGCCUCAGGUUCUUCCGGCAAGACGGGAUCGAAAUCGCCACAGGCCACGACAGCGUUUACCGGCCAGUAUCAGAACCCGAAAAAGUCGCUGCCUACUCCUGUGCAGACACCCACUCAGAACUCGUUUUUGGCUCCUGCCUUUCAGAACUACGACCCUUCUACGCAUAAUGGCGACACUGCCGCUGCGGAACAGGCAAUGAGGCAAGCAGUCAUGGAGCAGCAUAGCCACAAUAAUAAUAACGGAAACAACAGCAACAGUCAUCCGGCGACAACCGAGGAUGAUACCUCCUUCCAUUACUCCUUAGCGCCCUCGGUCUCGAGUCUGAGUCACCACAAUUCGCCGGUGACUCCGCAAACUACAUAUGACGAAUUCGAUGAUGGAUCGAAGGCGGUUGUCCAUGGUGAGGACCGAUCUCCUGACUUUGACCGGUGGAUGGGUGAAUACUUACAGUUCGAUACGAAUCCAGACUUUAAUAAUAAUAACCAAACCACGAUGCCUAUGGGCGUGCCGAAAUUGAAUCGCACCAUCUCUGAUAUCUAUCAGGAUGAGCUUUACAAUACUACAGUCGUUCCAACGACGUCAUCCUCGUCAUCACAGCAGAUGCGCAAAGCCAACUCGAACAACAUGGUGAAUGCGCCGUACCGAAAUCUGUUUGCUGAUCGUCUCAACGCUGCCAACCAAGGCCAUCUGUCAGCUCGCUCUCAAUCACCGGCCGGCAACUCGAUCAACCGGGAGCGAUCGCCGUUCCGUCAGGGGUCUCCUCUUGCUGCGGAUUUCAGACAGCAACAGCAGGCUCGACUCCAGAUUUCUGGUUUGGGGUCUGCUUUGCAGUUGCCUGGUACCCAACAGGACGAGCAGGGACAGAUCAAGACUAUCUCUCCCAAGGAUGCUCUACUGGAGUAUAAUGAGGGCCCUGAUGAGCUUGCUCAUGGAUUGCCAGCUCUGUUCCCUACGACGAACGACAUGUCUCUUAGCGGUAGCAAUAUGACCUCGCGCCGACAGAGUGCCACCAGUGUUUUCCAGCCUACGUUAGCCUACAAUUCCAUGGAGACGUUUCCGACUCAAUACGCUACUCAAGCUGCUGGCCUCCAACAGCCAUUGAACAAUUUUAUGCAGCCGCAGCUUCAACCACAAGAUCUGCGUCAUGCCAACAACAGUCUACUCCAGCAGCAGACGCCAGGAUUCCCUGCGUCGCUGCCUACGAUGGAGUCUACGAAUAGCGACGGUGUUAUGGAAACUUCGGUUAAGCGGCCCAACGACACCUCGUCGGACUCGGGCACAUACACAUGUACGUACCACGGGUGUACAUUACGGUUUGAGACACCGGCGAAGCUUCAAAAGCACAAGCGCGAAGCUCACCGGCAGACAAUGGCUGGCGGGAAUGGUGAUAGCAAUUCAUCAUUGGCUCUACGGAAUUCUCAAGCUGGGCCCCACAAGUGCGAGCGAAUCAACCCAUCUACGGGCAAACCAUGCAACUCUAUAUUCUCACGGCCGUAUGAUUUGACCCGACAUGAGGACACGAUCCACAAUGCGCGCAAGCAGAAAGUGCGAUGUCAUCUGUGCACGGAGGAGAAGACCUUUUCGCGCAACGAUGCACUUACGCGACAUAUGCGAGUCGUGCAUCCUGAAGUGGAUUGGCCGGGGAAGCAACGGCGCAAGGGGCGUGAUUGA